GACAGUAGUAUUUACGUUUGUCCAGCUGUCACAUUUGUCAUUUACAAGUGACGGUCAACGUUUCUGUUAUAUUUUUAUAUUUUAUUGUUAACAUUAAUUAAUUUUAUUUUAAUAUAUUUGUAUAUAUGUUAUUUUUAGUUGCUUAAUAUUUAUUAUCUUAAAGUUUUAUGUUACUAAAUAUUAUCAUUAAUGUCUUGAGUCACGUUCGUCAGUGAUAAGUCAGGAAAAUUCGUGAAAAAAAAAAUUAUACAAUCUGUAUAAAAUUACUCGGCCAUCAAAUGGAGAAGGAGCAAAAAGAAUCAAGAGAACCAGCUCAUCAUGCCAGGCGACCAAUGAAUGCUUUUCUUAUAUUUUGUAAACGACAUCGUGGAUCAGUGAGAUUGCAUUUUCCACAUCUUGAAAAUCGUGCUGUCACUCGGGUUCUCGGUGAAUGGUGGGCUACUUUACAUCCAGAUCAGAAACAAUCAUAUAUAAAUUUAGCUCAGGAGUAUAAAGAUGCAUUUUUAAAUGCAAAUCCAGAUUUUAAAUGGUAUAAAUUACCCGCCCCACCACUCAGAACAUUAACAACAAGACCGACAAACAAAAAACCGGAUGUUGGAUCGAGUUAUGAACAAAAUUCAACAAUUACAACAAGUAACUCAAAUUACGAGUCUUCCAAUUAUACAAACACUGAAAAUAAUGAUGCUAUUCAACCAGGUAAAUUAGCUGAUGAAUCUCAGAUUGGUGGACUGAGUUCAUUAUUUACACCACAAAAAAAUUCAUCCAAUCGUAAGGAUGAUGAUGAUGGUGAUCAUAAUAAUGAUAACGAUGAUGAUGAUGAUGUCGAUGAUGAAGAUGAUGAAUUACCAAAUAUAGAAAAUGAUAAUAUAGCAAAUGGAGCAGAUGAAAUAAUCGUACCUAAACCACCGAAAAAACGUUAUACAGAAUUGCCAAUUGACUUGGAACAAAAGAGAGACUGCAAAGCUGACUUAUUUGGGGAAUCAAGGACAGGGAUCGCUGAGUCUAAUAACAAUAACAGCAGCAACAACAAUAACAAUGAGCAUCAUCUUCAUUUGGAUGAUGAAAAAAGAAAACGCGAGGCGAAUUCUUAUAUGGAAGUAAAUAGUCCGGAGGAUAAUAAUUUUCGAGGUGAACGCAGCUGUAAGGGAUUGCGUUAUCAAAAAUUUCUUGCUGAGCAAGUGAGAAAUGUUGGAUCGAUGGCACAGCAAGUCAAACGACGACGUACUGAGCUCAAUAAACUUACUGGCAUUGAAAAACAUACAAAGGAAAGAAGAAAUUCAAUAUCGUCCAAUGUAAGCGAAAAGACUGAUUCAUUGAGCAGUGAGGGAGGUAAUAGUUCACGCAGUGACUUGGAGCAUCUUGUUGAUAGUGCUGAAGGGAAAGUUGAAGCUUCAAAGCCGGAAAAUACUGAGACAGAUGAAGCCGAAUUUGAGGCAUGGACACGUAAACGAUUUAAAGCCGAAGAUUUUAAUUUGGAGAAAAAAAUAGAAGCAUUACCCUCAUUAAGUUUAGAAGAAUUUCAAGAAAAGAAAAAACAACAGCGUACUAAAAAAAAAAAAUUACCACAAAAAUUAAAUACAAAUUCAAUAGCUAAACGUACUUUAGUUAAUCAAAAUAAUAAUGGACAGUUAGAUACUUCAAUAAAUAAUCGGAAAGAAAUAAAUGAUAUUAAUUCACAUGAAGAAAGUAAUAAUGCUCAUUUGGUUGGUAGUCAAAAACGAAAAGCUCGUAAACAAAGUAUAACACGUAAUGCUUCUGCAAUAGUAUCGAAAAAUUCAACGCAAGAAACGAAUCAACCUUGGUGUGCAUCACCAGAUCUCGAAGCAUUGGCCUGUCUUGCAGAAUUAGCUGCUAAUCGAACGAAACUUACCAAGUAACUCUACUUACUAAUAUUAUUAUUAUUAUUAUUAUUAUUAUUAUUAUUAUUAUUAUUAUUAUUAUUAUUAUUAUUAUUAUUAUCAUUAUUAUGAUUAUCCUUUAAAUUCUUUUAAUGUAUAAAAAAAAAAGUUACUCGGUUUUUAUUUUUUGUUUUUAUUAUUAUAAAUCUAUUGUUUAUGUGCCACUAUUACGUUAACAUAUUGGCAUAAGAAUAAUUAACGAAUUUAUAAUUUUUAUCGACAUUUAUCGUAUUAUUAAAAGUAAAUGAUAUAAAUACAUAUAUUAGAGUGUUUCGAAAAAGUAAAUUUUUUUUCUUAUGGUUUUAAAAGUAGGUUUUGAGUCUAAAAAUAAUCCUCCCAAAAGAGCAGCUCGAAAUCUCAAUUCAACUAAGAGCUCAACGACUAUUCAUUUUCCCAUUUAAAUUAAAUGUAAAAAAUAUUUUUUUUUGUUUUUCAAUAAUAAAAGUAUUGAAUAAAUUUUUUUUCGAAAAUCGAAGCACAUGGUCUUGUAGAAAAUUAAAUUCUCUACAAAAAAAUUUCCGCGUGAUUUCUUCGUACAACUAACAAGAAAAAGUUAUGAAGCUUUGAACUAUAAUAAAUAGUAUAACUUGAUGUUUUUAUUAUAAUAAACAGUUUUGUGACAGAAAUUUAGGUUUUUUCUUGCUUAAAUACGCGAUUCAUCUCAAUUUGAAACUGACGUAUUUUGAAAUAAUUUGUUUAAUUCAUUUGAUUUAUUACAUUAUCAACAAUUAUUUAAUUUACAAUUUUUCUUAAAAAACAAUAUUUUACUUUCGAAAUUUCUACAGAAAAUAAGUAAGAUCGUAGCAAUCUUUUUAAAGCACCUGACUGACUAUACGUGAUAUAUAGAUUCACCGUUUAAACAUGUACAUGCAAUAAAAUCCGGUAAUUAGCUUUAAAACUGUGUACACCUUAAGUUUUUUAAUUCACUAUUGUUUCAAGCUUCAUAUAUUUUUUUUGUCAGUUGUACGAAGAAAACAUUCAGGAACUUUUUUGUAGAGCAUUAAAUUUCCUACAAGACUAUGCACUCCAAUUAAAAAAAAAAAUUUCAAUACUUUUAUUUAUAAAAAACAAAAAAAAAAUAUAUUCACAUGUAAUUCAAAUAAAAAAUGAAUAUUCGUCGAGCUCUUAGCAGGGUUGAGAUUUCUACCUGUUCAUUUAUGAUGACUUGUUUUCAUACCUUAGACUUAAGACCUUAAGACUCCAAAAAAGAAGUGUUUUUUUUUAAACACCCUAAUAUAUAUAUUAAUUAUUAUAUUUAGAUAAUUGUUAAUCUCGUGUUUAUUAUAUCAACAGUUCAAUAUUUUAAAGUUUUUAAGUUAAAAAAAAAUAUAUAUGUAUAUCUAUUUUACUACUUAUCUAAAUCUAAUCAUUAUUAUUAUUAUAAAUAUACCACAUUUUAUAGUUAAGUGGUAUAUUAUAUUUCUAUUUUAUUUAAAAUAUCUAUUAAUCAUACUUGUUAUUAAUUAUAUAUUUAUAAUUAUCAUCUAAUCAUAUUUUCAAAUUACUCGUGAUAGAAAAAUAUGAAUGUGAGUGAUAAAUGCCAAGUUAAUAAUAGCAAAAAAAUAUAUAUAAAUAUAUAUAUUAUUAUUAUUGUAAAGAAAAUGAACUGAAUUUAAAUAUAAAAAAUUCUUUUUAUAUAAUCACUGACGCUUCCAGGCGACUGAUUGAUUAUUUGUCGCGGUGCUUCAUAUUUUUUACUAUAAUUAUCAUUAUUAUAAAAUAACAAAUGUACUAUAUAAUAAAUAUAAACUAUAUCAUCGUCAUUAAAGCCUCGGAGUUUAUAUUUUUUAAAGAAUUUUAAACUAUUUAUUGGACUAUUAAAUAUCAAUACUAAUAAUAAUAAUAAAUAACCGGACUUCUAGGCUUUAAUAAUGAUGAAAAAAAGAAUUUUUUUUAUUUAUUAUUGCACAUUUUAAUAGACGAUUCGCAUUGAGACAUUAAUAAUUUGUCAACAGGGCAUUUUAAUGGACACUAUUUUAAAACUGUUUAUGAUAUAUUAAUAUAAUUAUACAUGGGAACAAUGAGUAUUUGAUUCAAUUUCAAUGACAAUCGUUCAUUAUGUUCUUUGUAAAUGAUGAGCUAAAAAAAAAUAUUACAAUACAGCAGACGAUAUCGUUAUAUGUAAUUGUUUAAUGUAAAUAUUUAAGUUACAGUAUUAAAUUCUUGUGCGAUCGUCGGGUUAAAAAAAAAAUUAUAAUCAAAAUGUUUAUAUGUAAACCUAUAGAUACGUACAUAUAUACAUUGAUCGCAAUUAAUAUUAAAAAAGAUAAAAAUUUAGAAAAAAAAAUUUUAUUCAGUAUAAAAUGAAAUAAAAAAAUAUUUGUUUGAUAAAAUGUAUUGUAUGUACGUACAGGUUUUUAUAAUUAAGCUUUAAUAUAUUAAAAGAUAUAUUUAUAUUAUUUAUACCAAACUAACAUAAACAAUCUUAAAGACUAAGUAAUAAACGAAAAACAUAAAAGGAAAAAAGUAAUGAGGUAUUGUACGAUUGAUGAAAGUAAGAGAUUUGUCUGUGAUUUUGGCUGAAGGAGUUUUUAAUCUUUUAUAUUUUUCUAUUGAUUAUUAUCAUUUUAAUUUGAUUGCUAUAAAACUUAUCUAUGAAAAAAAAAACUAUAUUAAAUUAUGUGGACGACAUCAAUAGUCUAAAGCCUUAAGCUGGGAUUUUAAAAACACGUGUAGUUAAUUAUUUCAUAUUUCAAAUGUGCCUUUAAAACAAAAAUAAUUAUCAAAAACUUAAUAUAACAAACAAAUGACCAAAACUAUUUAAUUAUUCAUUUUAUUUUUAAUUAAUAUUUUGUAUUAAAUAUUAUAUAAUAGAUAUAAAAUAUAAAAAUUUUAUUUUUCAUUCAAUUAAACUAGAUUUUGUCAUCUAAAGUUAGUUAACAUGCCUAAUAAUAUAAUCAAACAUAAAAUAAUAAUAAUAAUUAUUAUUAAGCAGGCAAACUUUCCAAUGAUUGUGAGAUAAAAUAAAUUAAAAA